AGUUUAGAGAGCUUGUGGAUCCGACGGGGACAAAGUUAACACAGGAUUUGCUUUUGCACCACGAAAAGAAGCAGAAAAAUACGGAAGGAUGGCAACUCAUCUCCACCUGGCCGAGCUCACCGCCGAGCAGUUCCUCGAUAUCUGGAAACAUUUUGACGCUGACGGAAAUGGCUACAUCGAGGGUAAGGAAUUGGAGAACUUCUUCCAGGAGCUGGAGGUUGCUAGGAGAGGAGCCGACGUGGAUCCGAAAAAUGCUGCAUUCAGAGAAAAGAUGAAGGACUUCAUGUCUAAAUUUGACAAGAAUGCAGAUGGGAGAAUCGAGAUGUCAGAACUUGCUCAGAUACUUCCCACAGAAGAGAACUUCCUGCUUUGUUUCCGGCAGUAUGUUGGAUCCAGCACAGAGUUCAUGGCGGCAUGGAGGAGGUAUGACACGGACCGUAGUGGAUACAUAGAGGCCAACGAGCUGAAGGGCUUCCUGUCAGACCUGCUGAAAAAGGCCAACAGACAUUACGAUGACAAGAAGCUUGAUGAAUACACACAGACCAUUCUGAGGAUGUUUGAUCUAAAUGGAGAUGGUAAGCUGGGCCUCUCUGAGAUGGCCAGACUGCUGCCUGUCCAGGAAAACUUCUUGCUCAAAUUCCAGGGUAUCAAGCUCACAGCCGAGCAGUUUAAUACCAUCUUUACCUUCUAUGACAAGGAUGGGAACGGCUACAUCGAUGAACAGGAGCUGGACGCUCUGCUGAAAGACCUGCACGACAAGAAGAAGAUGGAGCUGGACUCCACUGGUCUGGUGGGGUACAAGAAGAGCAUCAUGGCCCUUUCAGACGGGGGAAAGCUCUACCGCACUGAGCUGGAGAUCGUCCUCUGCCGCGAGCCCCUCGUGUGACCUCUAAACUCUGACAUCCGGGCAUGCCCCCGCUUCUACCAUGAUGACCCCCGACCCUGUCCCCAGGUGCAUGUACACCCCCACCCCUGCAGUGUGGGGCUCCCUGGUCAUGUUGUUAUUAUCUGCAGCUUGUUUUGUAACCCUCCAUGUGGCUCCUGUCUGAGGUUGCCAUGGCUAAUGGAAAUAGGAGAAAGAAUAGGGUUGUUUAUCUGAAUGUGAAUGCUGACACAUGCCUGUAUCCCCAUUAAUUCUAUUCUCUUUGUUUUCCAAAUCAUUUUGUCACACUCUGCCUUCUCCCUCUCCUCUCUCUACCUCUCUUCUCCCUCUCUCUUUAUCUCUUUGAUUAUCCUUCUCCUCACUCCCUUACUCUCUCUGGAUCUUGCUAUUCCCUCUUGCUCCUUGUAUUCAUUGUUAUCUUGUUAACGAUUGGUUUAGGCUUGUGCUGUUCUUCAAAAAAUAUUAUAAAGGGAAUAAAUAAACAUUGCUCAGAA